UUAAAUGAACGAUGUUUUAGUGAUAAAAUGACUGCCAGAAGCAACAUUUGACGAUGUCACACAACCAAACUGCGAAUCAUCAUCUUUUCUACCCGAGUGCAUCACCUUCCUUCCGUCAACAUUGCGGGAUCUGGAUGAGCUCACGGCGUUGCGUGUUCCAGCGUCUCUUCCAUGGAUCGAUUGCUAAAAGCUGCAAGAACAUCUGGCUCCCUCAACCUCUCAAAUCGCUCGCUCAGCUGGCGUCACAAUGGGUUUUCUUCCUUCCGGUCAUUCAAGCAUUGAUGUGUUUCAAAUUCAGGGAAGUUCCAAAGGAGGUGUACCGGAAUCUGGAGGGUGCUAGUGGGGAUGAUAAGUGGUGGGAGGCCGUGGAUCUCCAAAAGCUCAUUUUGGCUCAUAAUGAUAUUGACUCAUUAAAGGAAGAUCUUAGAAACUUACCUUCACUAACUGUGUUGAACGUUAGCCACAACAGACUUUCUGAGCUUCCAGCUGCAAUAGGAGAGCUAUCUCAGCUAAAGUUGUUAGAUGUUUCAUUCAAUUUGAUAAAUAAAAUACCAGAGGAAUUUGGAUCAGCAGCAUCACUUGUUAAGCUUGAUUUCUCUAACAAUCAACUGAAGGAGCUUCCAAACUCACUUGGCCAAUGCAUAGGAUUGUCAGAAUUGAAGGGAUCAAACAACCUCAUUGCCAGUUUACCAGAUGAAUUAGCAAAUUGUUCAAAAUUGACAAAGCUAGACAUGGAGGGAAACAAACUAACAGUGAUACCUGAAAACCUCAUUUCUUCAUGGACCAUGCUUACUGAAUUGAAUGCAUCAAAAAACUUGCUGAACUGCAUACCAGUCAGCAUUGGAGGUCUUUCUCGUCUAAUUCGCCUUGACCUCCAUCAAAACAGAAUCUCAUCAAUCCCUUCAUCAAUCAUGGGUUGCCAUUCACUUGCCGAGUUUUAUUUGAGGAAUAACAACCUUUCUGCUGUACCAGCGGAGAUUGGGACACUCUCACGACUAAGGACUUUAGAUCUUCACUCUAACCAGUUGAAGGAGUAUCCAGUGGAGGCAUGCAAGUUGGGUCUUUUAGUCUUAGAUCUUUCGAACAAUUCAUUGAGUGGCUUACCCCCUGAAUUGGGCAAGAUGACUACCCUGAGGAAGCUUUUGCUUAUGGGCAAUCCUUUGCGGACUCUUCGAAGCUCAUUAGUCUCUGGACCAACUCCAGCACUGCUGAAAUUCCUUCGAAGUAGACUUUCUGAGGGUGAAGACUCUGAAUCUACAAUCAGAACAAAAGAGGAUGUAAUUGCAAAGGCUGCUAGAUUGUCUAUCACUUCAAAGGAACUUUCUUUGGAGGGGAUAGGAUUGAGUGCCGUUCCAUCAGAAAUAUGGGAAUCAGGGGAGAUCGUAAAAGUUGAUCUUUCAAGAAAUUCCAUUGAGGAGUUGCCAGUGGAGCUCUCUUCUUGUGUUUCCCUCCAGGCACUGAUUUUAUCUAAGAAUAGAAUUAAAGAUUGGCCUGGUUCAAUUCUUGAAUCACUUUCAAGUCUACAUUGUUUGAAGCUGGACAACAAUCCCCUGAGACAGAUUCCUCCAGGUGGUUUCAAAACUGUGCCUAUGCUUCAGAUUCUUGAUCUAAGUGGUAAUGCAGCUUCACUGCCAAAUGGCCCUGCAUUCUCUAAUAUGCCGCAUCUGCAGGAGCUUUACCUGAGAAGAAUGCAACUAAGUGAAGUCCCCUCAGAUGUUUUGAUGCUGUCUCAACUUCGAAUCCUUGACUUGAGUCAAAAUUCCCUUCAAUCUAUCCCAUCGGGGUUCAAAAAUCUCACUUCUCUCACGGAGCUUGACCUAUCUAAUAAUAACAUCUCCGUCCUUCCCCCUGAACUGGGUUUGCUGGAAUCAAGCCUUCUGGCACUGAGACUUGAUGGAAAUCCUCUCAGAAGCAUUCGAAGGACUAUCUUGGAUAAAGGAACUAAAGCCGUUCUGAAAUAUUUGAAGGACAAAUUGCCAGAGCAAUAAUUCUUUUUCAUUUUAGUAUUUUACUAUCAUGCUAGUUUGAUUGUGAUUAUGUGGGAAUAUUUGGAGGUUGAACAUUUGAACGCAAUUUGUUGUAUAACGCCCGUUUCUAUUCCUCAUGACUUCAAUGUCUUUUCCCUCAACUGUUUGCUGUAUUAAGGGUUGCAAGCAAUAAAUUUUUAUUUAUAAUUACCAAAAAAUAUUUUACCAUUUCAAGCAUCAA